AUGGUGACCGCCGUCUCGGGCCCGCGCCCAGGUUUGGGACUCGACAUCAAGACGUACACCCAGGAAGGCCAGCGCCAGAAGGUCUUCCCUCUCGCCCUGCUUGGCGACUGGGCCCUCAACCCGGCCCCAACGCUCCGCGAGCGCGCCAUGUUGACCUUCAUGAACAAUGUCACCGACAUGCCCGGCUGGGACGACAAGGUCCUCAGCGACGAGGGCGUCCGCGAGCUCGAGGUCGAGCAACUCGAGCUCGCUGGCCUUGUCGAGCGUGAGAACCACGGGGAGCGCCGGAGCGGCGGGUUCCAGGAAAAGGCCCAGGCAAGCCUGCCCGAGGACAGCUGCGGCUUCUCGGCAGCCAUGUUUGAGGCGUGCAUCGCCGAACUCCAGCACAAGGCCCGUGAUUUCAAAUACACGGACAUCGUUGGCGUUCUCGACGUCAACGCCGCCAUCCUCAAGAAGGACACGUCCGAGGAAUUUCGACUCUCGAUCGCCGAGUCACUGAAGGGUGUCGAGAAGGAGGCACUGGACCAUGCGAUCAAGAACUGGCAGCCCAACCACAACGAGACUCUUCUCAAGGUUGUCCAGCCGGUGCUAUAUCCGCUGCUCUUCGGGCGCACGCGCGUGCUCACCGACCGGGAGCUCGGCCUAGCCGAUUGCCUCGACGCCGUGGGCAGCGGCCGCGUGAUCGACUCGGUCAUGCCCAUACCCUGUGAAGACGGCGACCAUUACUCCAAUCAAUUGGGAGGCGCUGUGAGAUCUGAAGACGCAGCCUACUGGACAGAGCUAUCACGCAAGAACCAAUGGCUGCCCGCCGAAGUCGCCGUCGACGCCGAGGGCAAGGCCCACAUCACCAGCUACAUCAACAACCUUCACCCGGUUGCGCACGCCGACGUGUACCACACGGUCGAGCGCAUUCUUGACCAGGCGCUGCCCAUGUUCUCAGCCACGUACAACAGCGUGCGGACUUCGCCAGCCGAUCAUGUGCGAUUCUCUAUAGCAGACUUGGCCAAGCUGGAGCGUGCGUGUGACACGCCAGACCUUUGUGCCAGUCGGGGCGGCUGCAAGCCUGAGAAUUGGACUCAUGGCCCUGGCGAAGGCGAAGUGGAGCCCUGGUUUACCGGAGAGCCCAAGACCACCGAAUGGUUUGCUAGGACCCACCGCGUGUCACAGCCGGAGCCUAUUACUGGGCCUCAAAAGUCGAGCUACGUCGGUGCCGAGUACUUCACCACUUCUCCGCCGUGGACAACUGUCGAGGAUGAAGGCAGGACAAACAAGCUUCAAAUCUUUGUCACUGUUGGCAACAUCCUGCUCACACCCGAAAAGCCCAAGUACGAGACGGGCCAGUUCCACGUCGAAGGGCUCGUCAACGAACGCAUCUGCGCGUCUGCCAUCUACUAUUACGACAGCGACAACAUUACUGAGAGCCGACUCUUAUUCGAUGGUGCAGCGGUUUCCGAUCAAAUCCACUGUGGCGGCGACGGAGGCAAGUGCCGAAACCUCUACGACCUUUACGUCCAACGACUCUGCGGCGACCCCCCGUCGAUCACUGUCGGGUCGGUCGAGAGCCGUCCUGGCCGCCUCGUGGUUUUCCCAAACGUGUUCGCCCACCGCGUGGAGCCCUUCGAACUCAAGGACAAAGGUCGCCCAGGAUACCGCAAGGUGGUGGGAAUCUUCCUUGUCGACCCCAAGACGCCAAUUAUUUCGACUGCCAAUGUUCCGCCUCAACAGCUGCACUGGGCUCUGGACGACAGCCCUCUGAAUGUUGUGGACACCAAGCUCCCUCCUGAGAUCAGCACCUUGGUGUAUGAGGACCUGGGUUGCCCGUACAACCUUCAGGAAGCGCACAAGAUCAGCAAUGACUCAAUGGAGUACCGAUCGCACCGCCUCAAAUCGCUUCCAUACCGCGGCCACAUGACGGUGGACUGA